AUGUUUGAGCUCAUCCAAAAACACAUACAACUCAGAAUAAGCGAGCAAUCAAAAGUCACCAAAAUUAGAAAGGCCAAAGGCAAGUCUUCUUUCGGACUUUCUCAGCUUUCAUCGGAUAAACUGAAGAUCCCAAUUACGAACUACGGCGCCGAAGUGUUCCGAUUGCUGGUUGAGUUCAUUCAUUGCGGGGAGGUCAACAUUAAUGAAGACACAUUAGCGGAUCUAUUCUGCGGAGCAAGUCAGUUUGAAGUUUCGGAACUUCCCGGGGCCUGUCUUGAUUUCGUUGAAAGAUAUGUAAAACUGCGUCGCAUGAAGAAUAUCCGAUUUCACGCAGGGUGCUUCAAGUUUCAUUCGGCCGCCAAGACACUUGUAGAUAAGGUUUGA